AUGCCAGCCCCAUCCCAACUCGCAAUCGCGACCUCAUCGCUGAACAGACUGGUCAAGGAGGAAGCCAGCUACCACAAAGAGUCUCAACACCAACAAGAACGCAUCGCCAAGCUCGAGGCAAGCAACAAAGAAGACGAUGAGAAUGCCGAGUACACACUGGGACAAGAGCGCAAAGCUCUCGAAGAGACAAAAGCCGUCAUGCCCCAACUCAAGCAGAAGAUUGAAGAAGCCAAGUCUAAGCUCGAGGCUCAGCUGGUGAGUGUACAGUGUUGUGCAUGCUGUUCUUGUGGGUUGUAA